AUGGUUUGGGAGAACUACGAGUCCCAGUGGUACCUAAACCUUAACAUUGUCCUCAAAUGUUUCGCGAUUGCCGCAUUAACUGCAUUUUCAGUUACAAGAUACUAUUGUUCAUGGUGGGUUGUCGAAUCCGGGUAUUACGCGUUCGGUCUCGCAUCUUCCAACCUCUACGAUAACGUCAAAUACGAAAUUUCGAACUUAUCUCUCCUCGAAGUUCUUGAUUCACGUUCCUGCCAGGACUGGAUGAGAAGAUGGAACCACACCACACAUCUUUUCUUCAAGAACUACCUCUACGCGAGACUUAUGGCCCAAGGAUUUUCAUCGGCCUUCGGAAACUUCGCUGUUUUCUUUGUUUCUAUGGCAUGGCAUGGCUGCAGACCAGUCUACUUCCUCUUGUUACCUGAAUCAUUCCUUAUUAUGGAAGCAGACAGAGUUUUCUGCAGAAAAUUCCCGGCAAAGAACAUUUUCUGGAUAUUAAUUCAUGAUAUCUUUGUUUGCACAACAAUGUUGUACUGCACUUCGACGUGGUUCUAUCCUUGGGUCCAUAAUUUCAUCUAUGUCAGGAAAUCUGUUUACUGCUUGCCAACUGUUUUCUCUAUUUUGAUGUUCUUCGCUCUCAAGUUCGUUAAAACACCAAAGAAACCAGAAGAAAUCAAACAAAAGGAAACAAAAGCUGAAUAA